AUUUUGUAUUUAAGCACGGAACAAUCUCUGUUUGACAUAGUGGAUACCCAUACUACUGACAUUGUUAUAAUUUAAAAUGUCUGAUCAAGCUUCUGAGGCAUCACAGGAUUUAAAACCAGAAAACACUGCAGCUGAGAAAAAAGAAAGCCUUGAAGAUCUCUUAGCAACCCUUGGUCAACAGAUUCGCAACUCAGACUGGCUUCAACAAAACACACCUGAAAAGUUUGAAGAAGAAAAUCCAGAAAUUGCCCAGGUUUUUAAAAAUAUUGCCAAUGACAGCAAAGCAAAAGGUGAUGGUGGGCAGGGUUGAAAGUUCAAGAACAGCUUCCAUGAUUUGCUGUGAUACUACAGACAUUCAAUCUUUUGAAAAACAAGUGAGGCAUGUACAAGAAAUUGUAAAAGAAAAUAGAUCACACAGCGCUUGGUCAAUCUAAGCUUUGAACUAAUAGAUGUGAUUGAAAUAUUUAUUCAUUUGUGACCUUGAUUCCUGUUGUUUAGGAACUGAAAUAGUUUGUUUGGCAGUACCACAUGGGAAGGUUAAUGUUUGUUGCGUUAGAGAUACUAUGAUGUGUAUUUAUUUUUGUUGUUCAGCUGAGUUAUCAGCACUGGAUGUCUGUUGUUUUAAGGAUUAAAAUUUAUACUGUGACUAAUAAUGAGAAAUUAGUUCUCACAUUUUGAUUUGUGUAUAAAACUAUGUCAACAGCUGUGUGGACCUGAUUGUAAAAUUUAAUGAAUGUAUGCCUGAAUGAGAUCUUUUGAUUAAAAUAUUUCCAUCAUUUUUAAGAGUAUGGAGUAUUCAUGCAGUACCAAUAGUUUACUUUACUAUGUAUUUUAUGUAUAGGGGUACUUGAGAAUGAAAAAAUUUUACUGCUGAAAAAAAUAAAUUUAACAUUGAUAUAUAUAAUGUAAUUUCAAUUUAGUUAGAAUUUCUACGCAUAAUCUGUAUGAUAAUAAAUUUUGUUUUAAAUGUUUUAUUCUGUGUGAGGUAUUUAUUUAGUUAGUGUUGGUUGUGGCCUUAAUUCCCCUUCAUUUUGACAAUGGACAGUUCAUUGCUGGGAUGAAUUAGAGCAUGUUGAUUUGUGUGACACCUGUAUGUGAAGGUAUUGUGUGCUCAGCACCACGACUUUUUUGAGGUUUUUGGACAA